AUGUUUCACUUAAGGACUUGUGCCACUAAGUUGCGGCCCUUGACGGCCUCACAGACUGUUAAGACAUUUUCCCAGAACAGACCAGCAGCCGCUCGGACGUUUGGGCAGAUCCGGUGCUACACUGCCCCCGUGGCUGCAGAGCCCUUCCUGAGCGGGACUAGCUCCAACUACGUGGAGGAGAUGUACUAUGCCUGGCUGGAGAACCCCAGGAGCGUUCACAAGUCAUGGGACAUUUUUUUCCGAAACACCAAUGCUGGGGCGGCCCCAGGCACUGCCUACCAGAGCCCGCUGGCCCUGAGCAUGGGCGCCCUGUCUGCCGUGGCCCGAGCACAGCCCCUGGCGGGCACCCAGACCAACGUGGACAAGCUGGUGGAGGACCACUUGGCGGUGCAGUCUCUCAUCAGGGCCUACCAGAUACGAGGGCAUCAUGUAGCACAGCUGGACCCCCUGGGAAUUUUGGAUGCCGAUCUGGACUCCUCCGUGCCCGCUGACAUUAUCUCAUCCACAGACAAACUUGGGUUCUAUGGCCUGGACGAGUCUGACCUGGACAAGGUCUUUCAGCUGCCGACCACCACCUUCAUCGGGGGGCAGGAGUCGGCGCUGCCGCUGCGGGAGAUCAUCCGCCGGCUGGAGAACGCCUACUGCCAGCACAUCGGGGUGGAGUUCAUGUUCAUCAACGACCUGGAGCAGUGCCAGUGGAUCCGGAGGAAGUUCGAGACGCCAGGGGUCAUGCAGUUCACCAACGAGGAGAAGCGCACUCUGCUGGCCCGGCUCGUGCGGUCCACGAGGUUCGAGGAGUUCCUGCAGCGGAAGUGGUCGUCCGAAAAGCGCUUCGGCCUGGAAGGCUGCGAGGUGCUCAUCCCAGCCCUCAAGACCAUCAUCGACAAGUCCAGUGAGAACGGCGUGGACCAAGUGAUCAUGGGGAUGCCGCACAGGGGGCGGCUGAACGUGCUGGCCAAUGUCAUCAGGAAGGAGCUGGAGCAGAUUUUCUGUCAGUUCGACUCGAAGCUGGAGGCCGCCGACGAGGGCUCUGGGGAUGUGAAGUACCACCUGGGCAUGUACCACCGGCGGAUCAACCGAGUGACGGACCGCAACAUCACCCUGUCGCUGGUGGCCAACCCCUCCCACCUCGAGGCCGCCGACCCCGUGGUGAUGGGCAAGACCAAAGCCGAGCAGUUCUACUGCGGGGACACCGAGGGGAAGAAGGUCAUGGCCAUCCUGCUGCACGGGGAUGCCGCGUUCGCUGGCCAGGGCAUCGUGUACGAGACCUUCCACCUGAGCGACCUGCCGUCCUACACCACCCACGGCACCGUGCACGUGGUGGUCAACAACCAGAUUGGCUUCACCACGGACCCCCGCAUGGCCCGGUCCUCACCCUACCCCACCGACGUGGCCCGGGUCGUGAACGCCCCCAUCUUCCACGUGAACUCGGACGACCCGGAGGCCGUCAUGUACGUGUGCCAGGUGGCUGCCGAGUGGAGGAACACCUUCCACAAGGACGUGGUGGUGGACCUGGUGUGUUACCGGCGCAACGGCCACAACGAGAUGGACGAGCCCAUGUUCACGCAGCCGCUCAUGUACAAGCAGAUCCGCAAGCAGAAGCCGGUGCUGCAGAAGUACGCGGAGCUGCUGGUGUCGCAGGGCGUGGUCAACCAGCCCGAGUACGAGGAGGAGAUCUCCAAGUACGACAAGAUCUGCGAGGAGGCCUUCGCCCGCUCCAAGGACGAGAAGAUCCUGCACAUCAAGCACUGGCUGGACUCGCCCUGGCCUGGCUUCUUCACGCUGGACGGACAGCCCCGGAGCAUGACCUGCCCCUCCACGGGGCUGGAGGAGGACAUCCUGACGCACAUCGGCAGCGUGGCCAGCUCCGUGCCGGUGGAGAACUUCACCAUCCAUGGAGGACUGAGCCGGAUCCUGAAGACGCGUGGAGAGCUGGUGAAGAACAGGACUGUGGACUGGGCCCUGGCGGAGUACAUGGCGUUCGGCUCCCUGCUGAAGGAGGGCAUCCACAUCCGGCUGAGCGGCCAGGACGUGGAGCGGGGCACCUUCAGCCACCGCCACCACGUGCUGCAUGACCAGAACGUGGACAAGAAGACCUGCAUCCCCAUGAACCACCUGUGGCCCAACCAGGCCCCCUACACGGUGUGCAACAGCUCGCUGUCUGAGUACGGGGUCCUAGGCUUCGAGCUGGGCUUCGCCAUGGCCAGCCCCAACGCCCUGGUGCUCUGGGAGGCCCAGUUUGGCGACUUCCACAACACGGCCCAGUGCAUCAUCGACCAGUUCAUCUGCCCCGGGCAGGCCAAGUGGGUGCGGCAGAACGGCAUCGUGCUGCUGCUGCCCCACGGCAUGGAGGGCAUGGGCCCAGAGCACUCCUCCGCCAGGCCCGAGCGGUUCCUGCAGAUGUGCAACGACGACCCCGACGUCCUGCCGAACCUUCAGGAGGAAAACUUCGACAUAACCCAGCUCUAUGACUGCAACUGGGUAGUGGUGAACUGCUCCUCGCCUGGCAACUUCUUCCACGUGCUGCGCCGCCAGAUCCUCCUGCCCUUCCGGAAGCCGCUGAUCGUCUUCACCCCCAAGUCCCUGCUGCGGCACCCCGAGGCCAGGACCAGCUUUGACGAGAUGCUCCCAGGGACCCACUUCCAGCGGGUGAUCCCGGAAAACGGCCCUGCAGCCCAGAACCCAGAAAACGUGAAGAGGCUCCUGUUCUGCACCGGCAAGGUGUACUACGACCUCACGCGCGAGCGCAAAGUGCGGGACAUGGUGGAGCAGGUGGCCAUCACGAGGAUCGAGCAGCUGUCGCCGUUCCCCUUCGACCUGCUGCUGCAGGAGGUGCAGAAGUACCCCAACGCCGAGCUGGCCUGGUGUCAGGAGGAGCACAAGAACCAGGGCUACUACGACUACGUGAAGCCACGGCUGCGCACCACCAUCAGCCGCGCCAAGCCCGUGUGGUACGCCGGCCGGGACCCCGCGGCAGCACCAGCCACCGGCAACAAGAAGACCCACCUCACAGAGCUGCAGCGCCUGCUGGACACAGCCUUCGACCUGGACGCCUUCAAGAACUUCUCGUAG